ACCCUCCAUCCUUGAAUCAAGCAUCACUUUGCUUCCAAAUUGGCUUGUCAUUUUCUCUCGGCGCUCGUUCCCCAGCUGUCGGGUCGCAUGGACGAUCUAGCGAUGGACUGGCGCUGAUGCCAUCGCUGGACCCACUCUGCGCAUCUUCCUCUUAUUUCAGCAAAACACUGAUCGGGAUACAACACGGGGCUCUGAUCCCCCGUGUCCACCAUAGAUCCAUUGGGUUUGGGGUCGAAGGAUACUCGAAUAUCCUGUUCCUCGUCGUGGUUCUUCAGGAGGCUCCGAGCCUCAUAAAGGCGCAUCUGGGAACGGAGGCUCAAACCAUCAUCGGCGUGUUUUAUUCAGACACGGACACGCUGUCACGGGAAUUAAGGAGCAUUCUGAGAUCUCACACAGCCCGAUGCUGUUGAACACAUCCGGAGCUGACUAUUAUUCCAGUGCUUUAUAAGAUGCGGUACACGCUUCAGAGAGGAACUCCAUGGCUAAUAUGAGACGCUUCUUCAGCGAGUCAGUGCAGAGGUCAUCAGGGUCAUCGGCGGUCAUGUGGUCCACAGGCAUACUUUUCUUCUUCACCCUCUUCACACCCGUCACUCUCGUUUUAAGUCGUGCUCCAGUGCCGAUGGCUGUGGUGCGUCGAGAGCUGUCGUGUGAGGGUUAUCCGAUCGAACUGCGCUGCCCGGGCACUGAUGUCAUUAUGAUCGAGAGCGCCAAUUAUGGGCGCACAGAUGACAAGAUCUGUGACUCGGACCCCGCUCAAAUGGAGAACACUCGCUGCUAUCUGCCUGAUGCCUACAAGAUUAUGGGCCUCAGGUGUAACAACCGAACUCAGUGUGCGGUCAUUGCUGGUCCUGAUGUUUUUCCCGAUCCGUGUCCUGGAACGUACAAAUACCUUGAGGUUCAGUACGAAUGUGUGCCAUACAAAGUGGAACAGAGAGUCUUUCUCUGUCCAGGUGUAUUGAGAGGGGUGUAUCAGAGUGAGCACCUCUUUGAGUCAGACCACCAGUCUGGUUCAUGGUGUAAAGACCCGCUACAGUCAUCCAACAAGAUCUACUAUAUGCCCUGGACACCUUACCGCACAGAUACACUGACCGAGUAUUCAUCUAAAGAGGACUUUAUUGCAGGUCGUCCAACCACGACAUACAGACUGCCGCAUCGUGUGGACGGCACCGGCUUUGUGGUGUAUGACGGUGCACUUUUCUUCAACAAGGAACGUACACGCAACAUUGUUAAAUUCGACUUGAGAACUCGUAUCAAGAGCGGCGAGGCGAUUAUCGCUAACGCUAAUUACCACGACACCUCGCCGUAUCGCUGGGGAGGGAAAUCUGACAUCGAUCUGGCAGUGGAUGAAAACGGACUGUGGGUAAUUUACGCCACCGAACAGAACAACGGACGAAUUGUGGUCAGUCAGCUCAAUCCUUACACGCUCCGAGUGGAGGGCUCAUGGGAUACGUCAUACGAUAAGCGAACAGCCUCCAAUGCCUUUAUGAUCUGCGGAAUCCUGUACGUAGUGAAGAGCGUUUAUGAAGAUGACGAUAAUGAAGCGUUGGGGAAUAAAAUUGACUACAUGUACAACACCGAGAAGAGCCGUGAAACGCACCUCAGCAUUCCUUUCCCAAAUUCAUACCAGUACAUCGCAGCUGUGGACUACAACCCUCGAGACAAUUUGCUGUACGUGUGGAACAACUACCAUGUUGUCAUAUAUUCUCUCGACUUCGGAAACAAUGACAACAGAAUGGGCUUUGAUCCUCCUUCUUCAGUCUUGCUUCCUGAUGCACUUCCUCCAGCUCGCAGUUCCACGACUCCUCCACGCCCAUAUACGGGCACGCUCCGCCCCUCCCUCACUACUACCACAACAACCACCAUGGCUCCGCGUCGCCGCCAUAACAACAUCCUCCCAGAAGCCCUGACACGGUCGCCUCCAUCCCUCCAGACUCCAGUCAUUGUUGACUAUUGCACCCCACGUCUCACUGCUGAAAUCUCCUGGCCACGGACACACCAGGGACAGGUUGCUAAGCAACCGUGCCCACCUGGCACCAUAGGUGUAGCCACGUUUAAUUGUUUGCUUGGCUACUGGGAUCCGAAGGGACCAGAUCUGAGCAACUGCACCUCACCAUGGACCAAUCACAUCACUCAGAGAAUGAGAUCGGGAGAAACGGCUGCUAUAGUAGCACGAGAGUUAGCUGAACAGACGAAGGGAGAGUUGAGACCCGGAGAUGUCCCAUCUACAGUCAAAGCCAUGGCACAACUGGUGGAGCUACUGGAUGUACAGCUGCGAAAUCUCACCCCGGGGGGGAAAGACACAGCGGCACGGAGCUUAAACAAGCUGCAGAAGAGAGAGCGAUCGUGCCGUUUCUUCAUACAGGCCAUGGUCGAAACGGUGAAUAAUCUUCUGCAGGUGCGAUCCCAGGCGGCCUGGAGGGAGCUCUCUGUGGCUGAGCAGCUGCGAUGUGCAACCAUGCUGCUGGACACGGUGGAGACGGGCGCCUUCAUGCUCGCAGACAACCUCCUCAAAACCGACACUAUACAGGAGAGCACCGACAACAUACAACUGGAGGUGGCACGUUUGAGUACAGAUGUUAAUCUGGCUGAUCUGAUCUUCCCUCAAUCUGGACAAAGCGGAAACUCCAUUCAUCUCUCCGCCAACACGCUCAAACAGCAAGGACGCAAUGGUGAGAUCCGCUUGGCGCUUGUUCUCUAUAAGAACCUCGGUCAGUACCUGUCCACGGAGAACGCUAGCGUGCGUCUGGGAAGUGAAGCGGCCCAUCCGAACUAUUCCCUGAUAGUCAACUCACCUGUUAUCACAGCAGCUAUUAAUAAAGACAGUAACAAGGUCUACCUGUCUGAACCUGUGGUCUUCACUGUCAAACACAUAAAGCAGUCGGAAGAGAACUUCAAUCCGAACUGCUCUUUUUGGAGUUACUCCAAACGCACCAUGACCGGACACUGGUCCACUCAGGACUGCAGGCUACUGGGCACCAACCGCACUCACACCUCCUGUUCCUGCACACACCUCACCAGCUUCGCAGUGCUUACGGCCCACGUGGAGGUCAAGAAAGCGGUGCAUGAGCUGCUGUUGGACGUCAUAACGUGGGUGGGGAUCCUGCUGUCUCUGGUCUGUCUGCUCAUCUGCAUCUUCACCUUCUGUUUCUUCCGCGGUCUCCAAAGCGACAGGAACACCAUCCACAAGAACCUCUGCAUCUCCCUCUUUAUCGCCGAAACACUCUUCCUCACCGGGAUAAACCAUGCAGACCAGCCCAUCGUCUGUGCGGUGUUUGCGGCCCUGCUGCAUUUCUUCUUCUUGGCCGCGUUUACAUGGAUGUUUCUGGAAGGCGUGCAGCUGUACAUCAUGCUGGUGGAAGUGUUCGAGAGCGAGUACUCGCGCACCAAGUACUUCUAUCUCACUGGAUACGGAGUGCCUGCUGUUAUAGUGGCUGUGUCUGCCGCCGUGGACUAUCGCAGCUAUGGAACUGAAAGAGUGUGCUGGCUCAGGUUGGACACUUACUUUAUCUGGAGUUUCAUUGGGCCUGCUACUCUCAUCAUCAUGCUAAAUGUUAUUUUCCUGGGCAUUGCACUAUAUAAGAUGUUUCACCACACAGCGAUUCUCAAGCCUGACUCCGGUUGCCUGGACAACAUCAAGUCCUGGGUUAUAGGGGCCAUAGCUCUGCUGUGUCUGCUGGGGUUGACCUGGGCGUUCGGGCUGAUGUAUAUCAAUGAGAGUACAGUCAUCAUGGCCUACCUCUUCACCAUCUUUAACUCACUGCAGGGAAUGUUCAUCUUCAUAUUUCACUGCAUCCUGCAGAAGAAGGUGCGUAAGGAAUACGGCCGGUGUCUCCGCACACACUGCUGCAGCGGGAAGAGUGUAGAGUCCACCGUCUCCACUUCAACAAAGACCAGUACAGCACGCACACCUGGACGCUAUUCCACCAACUCACAGAGUCGUAUUCGUAGGAUGUGGAAUGACACGGUCAGGAAGCAGUCGGAGUCGUCUUUCAUCACCGCUGAUAUGAACAGCUCAGCGACUCUCAACAGAGGUACCAUGGCUAACCAUCUCAUCUCCAAUGCUUUGUUACGUCCUCAUGGCACUAAUCCUUAUAACACACUGCUGGGAGAGUCUGCUGUGUACAAUAACCCUACUGCCAACAUGUUCAACACGCAAGCCUCCUACAGAGAUUCAAAAGGCAUUCUCAACAAUGCGCGGGACUCCAGCGUCAUGGAUACGCUGCCGCUUAACGGUAACAGCUACGGCGUGGCAGCAGGCGAUUACCUCACCUACAGCUCUCGUGGCAACGAGCCGCCGACAACGCUAGAGAAAAAGAUCUUGAAAGAGCUGACGGCGAACUACGCUCCGUCGUACCUCAACACCCAGGAGCGACAGGGAAAAUCCCACCAGGGGACCCUGACCAAUAAACUCAACAACCACCUGGCCAACGGAGGGGUCGCAGGGUCAUCGUCCAUCGCCAAAGACGACGUCAUGGUGCUCGACAACCCUGGAGCGUUUCACCGUCACGACGAUGGCGGCGGGUUAAGUCUGGAGCUCAUUAGGGAGGAGUCACAAGCUCCGCUCCUCCCACCCAGACCGCCCCCUCCAGAAAACCAUGCCCCCAUGCACACGUUUUCAGCCCACCGGCGCCUGCCGCAGGAGAACAGCGAGAGCUUCUUCCCGUUGCUCCCCAAUGACACACACUCAUCACACACUCCCCGCGCGCACACGCAAUCCCCCCUCAGAGACUCAGUCUAUACCAGCAUGCCCACGCUCACCGACCUCCCGCAUGGCACAGACGACCUCAUCAACGGUCUCCAUGAGGACGAAGACGAUGAGGAUGACGACGGCGAGGAGGAAGAAGGCAGCGAAUUGCACCUGGCCAACGGCAAAGGGGUCAUCAUGGAAUCGGAUGAUGUGUACUACAAAAGCAUGCCGAACCUGGGCUCCAGGAACCACAUACAGGAACUAGACAGCUACUAUCAGAUGGGACGCGGGGGCAGUGACGGGUUCAUCGCCCCGUCUGAGAAAGAAGACUCGUCGCCUGAAGAACAGCCACCGGACCCCUCACAGCUGGUCACCAGCCUAUAGACACCGACACGCACACACACAUUCCCACUCAGUGCGCGCGCACGUGUGUGUGUAUGUGUGUGUGACACAAUGCACAAGGCAUGGGAUACACUACCUACUGCACUGAUAGAGAGACUGAUUCCAGAUAGACCCCUGAUUCCAGUACAUACAAGUAUCCUGUCACCAAAAUCCUGCUCCAGUUAGAACCAGUAACGCAUUCCUACACUAGAACAAGGACUGCCGCGUGUAGGCAGCUCUUGUGAACUUUCUUCUCAUCAAUCUGCUGAGUUAAACUCUUGCGGAUUGUCAGUUUGGAGAUGUGGACGAACUUUUGCUCCAUUUGCAUAGCCCUCCUCGAUGAAACCCUUUAUCCAAUGUCUGUCCGACUCUCCAUCAAACUCUCUCGCGAGCGUGUAAAGAGACUGUGGAAAACGACGGCCGUGUAUGAUAACGAGACCACCGACCCGGACUCUGAACUCUUCUGUCGUACUGAACUGCAUUACCCACAACUCUCUAGACUUCUCUCUGAUUCUCUGCUGCACACAUUCCUUCUCGUUUAGCACCAGUCUCGUUUCCCAACGUGAAACCACAGAAGGCGCAUCUGUUCUUAAAGACUGAGGACGCAUCUUGUUUUCUUACGUUUAUUUUUCUGUAAUAAUCUAAGUUACGGGAAAGGUAAUCUUCACUAAUUAUAAAGAAAUGGAGCUGUUUUCCAUGUAAAAUGUACAGAUUCCCGAUAUUGCAUAUGAUCGUAUGCGUUUCAUGUUUUUUGACCUAUUUUGCCCCUUGUAUGUGUUUUUGUAGACUAGACCAGUCCCACAAUGCUGUGUUGGUCCUCCAAAAUACUAUCCCUUAUAAUGCACAGCACACAUAUCUACAUACACACUCAAGUUUGGAAGGAUGACUAUGGUCUCCUAUUCUCUUUUUUUGUUUUUUUUUCAAAUGCAACACUUCGUCAUUCUCACUGUGUCGAUGAUAACCAAGAGACUCUGGGGAAAUGACUGUUGUGUGAUUGACAGCUAUUACAGAUGGGAUCCCAAUGAUGCUGGAACGUCGUCAUGUCGUGAAUUCUAGCACGUUUACCCUUGAACACGCCAUCUUUAACGUGUAAGAGCAGAAAUCGUACUUUGCAUUCAGGUUGAAGAAUUCCAGUCAUACAUGUUGACACAGCUAAAAUUGUUCUCUCAGGCUAAAAGAUGGUCUAUUAUUGUGACGAUUACACAUAUCGAGUUGUGUUUUUAACUUGAGAGUUUAAUCUAGAACGGUAAGAAAG